GCUGUAAUCUGUAAACUUCGACCUCACAACAAUACCUACUCCUAUAUCGAAGAGCUGCCCUUCUACCCUCCGCAAAUUGCUACUCCUAAAAUAAAGACCCUAUAGAGAAACCUAUAUAAAGCGACAAAAUGUCAACAAUAGCUUCCCCCCGUGACCCCCCUCGACGCACGAGUUCAUACCAAGCCGGCGGCACGACACCAACCUCAUCCACACGACCCAGUCUCGAUUCCUCGCGAUCGCCCAUUGGAUCACCGAACCCGAAUGUAGGCAGCAACAAUGUAGCGGCUCCGAAUACGAAUACCGGAACGAGGCGAAACCGCGCCGCACUGCGCGAAUAUUAUAACCUAAAAAAACAGCAGCCACCACAAGUCGCGGUAACAGACCCGUUUGGUGAAACAUCGGGUGAACCUGGACAGGAACAAUACUCAGAGGUGCCGCCUGGUGAGAUGGAUAAGGAGGGUUUUGAUGCGGAUACCUUUGUGAAGAAGGCCCUAGCUGAGAAUGGUAUGGAGGAGCUGCUACGAUUAUACACACGUGUUUUGGGCGAGACGAGGGCGUUGGACGCCGAGAAAAAAGCGCUAGUCUACGAUAAUUAUAGCAAGUUAAUCACAGCUACGGAGACGAUACGAAAGAUGAGAACGAAUAUGGAUCCAUUAAAUCCAAUGGCUUCUACGCUCGACCCAGCAAUUGCUCAGAUAUACUCCCAAGCCUCUGCAAUACGCGACUCGCUACGAAAAUCGGUUCCACCCCCUGAUACGGCUAAGGCUGAAGCGGAGGAAGUACGUCGAAGGAAGGCACGGACGAAACAGCUAGCUAUCGAGGUUCUAGACGCCCCGGACAGAAUACGAGCACUUGUGAGCGAAGGGCGACUAGAGGAUGCGAGACAAGCUUGGAAAAUGCCGCGAAGACUUCUAUUGGUUUGGAAGGAACAAGGUAUUGGUGGUCCUGACGUGGAAGCCUGUAUAGAGGAUGGUGAUGCAGCUCUUGAAGGCGAGCCGAGCAAAGGUAGUUGGCGGGAUUUGGAUUCGAAAGCCUCAUGAUGACUGAGUAUUCUACGAUUGACAAAUUCCCGCAUUGAAGGCCCACGACCUACGACAAGUUGCCCUAGGUUCUUCCGCCGAGACACGUUAGGUGACGAGGGAACGUGCCAUCUUAAUUGCCAUACCGAUGGGUCCGGGCAGCAAGUUGGAAUUCCUUAAGCUAAAC